CACCGAGCUUUUCAGAUGGACCUGAGCAGGCUGCGUCUCGCUGCAGCACGGGCCUACGUCAAAGCCCUGGAGUCCAGCCUCACGCCCAUGUCGGCGAGCCUGACCGAGCCGCUCAAGAUGAACGCCGUGGUACAAGGGUUGGGCCCAUCCUUCAAGCUCACGCUAAACAUCCAGAACACUGCAUCGAGCCGUCCGGUCAUGAACCUAGCCAUCAGUUUUCUGUACGAUGAAAAUUUGUACAGCAUGAGGACAGCCUUUUUCAAGAUCCCCCUGCUGGUUCCAGGGCUGAAUUACCCAAUUGACACAUUUGUGGAGUGCUUGAGUGACAAAGGCAUCUCUGACAUCAUCAAAGUGUUUGUGCUAAGGGAAGGAAAGAGCGCUCCUCUCCUCACCGCCCACAUCAACAUGCCUGUGAGUGAAGGACUUGCACUGAACUGAAAGCGAGUGGCACACGUCUAGCUGAGCUUCACAGACGUCUUCAACUCUUGCUGUGCUCCUAGCAGCAGUUAGGCUUCUUCGCUUGGACGGAGAGCUUUUCAUCACAGGAGUUCAGAGAAGCUUGCGCUGGCCGUAGAGCCGGUGCUUCCUGUAGCUUAGAUCAGGAUUGAGGGAGGCGUUUCUUUACAGGUAAUACCUCUGUACCUUUUAAUGGCUAGUGACUGGAGCGUUCGAUUGACAGCUGCGAGGCCUAGCGCUCCAUAGGUCAUAUAGUUUGGAUGUAAGAGACGUUCUGAUGUUUAUUUGUGGUAGUCAUGUAUGUUUGUAUUUAAAUGCAUAUUUAUUCUUGACGUAAUGAUCACAGAUGCUUUAUAACGCAAUUUUGAGGUUUUAUUGACUCACCUUUGUUUUAAUAUAUAUUAAGAAUUAUUGCAUAAACAAGGCAAAGUCUGUUUCAAGGCAACGUGGUAAGAAAAAGCUUAUUCACUACUUUAAAAGCACACACAAAUGAAAGGACACAAGGGUGAAAGGUCACAGGAGAUGAUCUCAUAUUAGAGCAGCACAGUGCUGUGGAUGACUGACUGACUUCACUAAGCCCUUCAUAACAUUAAGGUUGAACCACUGAUGUCACGGCCUAUGUUCUUACCACCUUUCUGGGCCUUGAACAUGGUAGUUGCACUGCUGUAUGUGCAGGGUCAGAAAGCU